AUGCCCCGCCUGGGCUUAGGAGUAUACAUGAACGACGACGUGGGACCGGCGUGCCAGGCAGCAUUCACAGCGGGGUAUAGGCAUGUCGACUCGGCACUGUUUUAUAGGAACGAGGAGGGUGUGGGGGAGGCAGUGAGGGAAAGCCUUAUCCCCAGGGACCAGCUGUUUAUCACGAGCAAGGUGUAUAGUGGAAGGCACGGGUAUGACGAGGCGAACGAGGCGCUGGAAGAGUCCCUUACUAACUUUGGGUUCAACUACCUCGAUUUGUACCUUAUCCACGAUCCGCUUUCUGGGAAGGAGAAGCGUUUAGAGACUUGGCGUGCGCUGGUGGAGAAGCAAAAGGAGGGCAAGUUCCGUACCAUCGGCGUGUCCAAUUACGGGGUGAAGCACCUCGAGGAAAUCAAAGCUGCUGGACUGCCUACUCCUGCCGUCAACCAGCUCGAACUCCACCCUUGGUGUCAACAACGCCCAAUCACGGAGUAUUGUGCUGCUCAGGGGAUUGUCGUCCAGGCGUACACCCCCUUGACUCGGGGGAAGUACUUCGAUGACCCCGUCCUGACAAAGAUCUGUAAUACCCAUAACAAGAGCCCUGCACAAGUGCUCAUCCGCUGGUCGCUGCAACACGAUUUUGUCCCUCUUCCGAAAUCUGUUGACCCGGAACGCGUCCGCGCCAACUCAGAAGUGUACGACUUCAACCUGAGCGAGGAGGAGAUGAACGCACUGGACGGGUGUGAUAAAGGUGAUGCAGGCGCUGUUACGUGGAAUCCGGUCAAUGCGCCUUGA